AUGGACAGUGCUGAAGACAUGGGUAAGAGCAUACCUCAGUGCCUGGGGCAGCUGGACAUCCGAAAAAGUGUAGUGGGCCUGGCCACAGGCGCUGGGGCCAUCUACCUGCUCUACAAGGCCAUCAGGGCCGGCAUGAAAUGCAAACUGCCCCUCUGCACCACCUCGCCCAUCUGCAUUGCCCGUGAGUGUCCGGGCCCUGGGGAGAGGGCUGUGCCCCAGGAGGCAGCUGCUCCCGAGGCCACCCCUGUGGGAGAGCCUGAAGGAUACAAUAUUAGCUGUAGUGCCUUUGUGCAGUACACUCCCUGUUCAACUGUCCAUGAUGAUCGUGCAUAUAGCAGGAAGGCUUCUCUUCAGAAAAGGCGAGGUUGCCUUGUCCGCAGGUCCCUCUCCCCACCACUUCCCAACCCCAUUCAUGUUUUACUUCUAAGUCCACGGCCUGAACUGGGCUGGGCUGGCUGGCUAGGCCUGGCAAUACAGCGAGAGUGCCAUGGGUGGGACUCGGGGGAGCUGCGGAGACUCCUCAACUCCUUGGAGUGCAAGCAGGACGAGUACAGCAAGAGCAUGAUCCUGCACAGCAUCACCCGCUGUGUGUACUUGCUGGAAGCCGAGGCCUCCGCUGGUACCACCGAUGACAUCAGGUUGUUGGGUGACAUGUUGGACGACAGCAACACCAGUGUCAAAAUCCAAGCUCUGAAUGCACUGAAAGCUUUUUCUGGCAUCCGGAAAUUCAGGCUCAAAAUCCAGGAGCACACCAUUAAGGUGCUGGAGCUGAUCUCCACCAUCUGGGACACGGAGCUGCACAUUGCCGGCCUCAGGCUCAACAACCUGGCGCUGCCUGACUUUGUGCACCCGCAGCUGCGGCGGGUGAUGCCUACCCUGAUGGAAAUCGUGCAGUCGGACCACAUCCUGCCGCAGGUGCAAGCCAUACGCCUGAUGAGCUAUCUGGUACAGAAGAACGAUCUUCUCUAUGACAUUCUCAACUUCCAGGUGCACUCCAACUUCCUGAACUUGUUCCAGUCCACUCAGCCAGGAAGUCUGCUGUUGGAGGUGCUGGUGUUUGCUGAGCCUGAGGGCCGAAAUUCCCCCCACUACCGCGUGGUGAAAUGGCAUUACAAUGAGCAGUCCCUGCACGAAGCCCUCUUUGGGAAUGAGUCCCGAUUGGCAGACCGCCUGCUGGCCCUGGUCAUCCACCCCGAGGAGGACAUUCAGAUCCAGGCCUGCAAGGUCGUAGUCAGCCUGCAAUGUCCCCAGGACUUGAGAGUCCGGUCCUCCUCCUGCCAACCCAGUAAUUCCUACUUUAAAAGCGGGGAAUAAAAUUAAGAAGAACCAAUAAAUGAAUAUGGGAGA